AUGGCUUCUUCACUGGCAUCUUUCUUUUGUCCAAUCACUCAUGAACUCAUGACAGAUCCAAUGAUUGAUUUUGAUGAUAACAGUUACGAAAAAGAUGCAAUUGAAGUUCGGAUUCGUCAAAAUGGUACAUCACCAAUAACUCGUCCUCCUGUUUCUAUCGAUGUCUUUCAUCCAAACCUAGCUCUCAAAAAAACUAUUGAUGAAUACCGACACUCAAUUCAACCCGAAAUAGAUUCAACUCCUCUUCUAGCGGGAACAUGUUCGUCUGACAUUACAGUAACUGGAAACCAUGCUGAUGGCUUUGUUCACAUCUCAAUUCAACCUCCGCAAGAUGAAAAUCGUUCUUUAUGUGAUAUUUGCUGUGUAGUUGACACUUCAGGUUCAAUGUCAGAUAGGGCAGAAAUUCAAAAUGAUAAAAAUGAACACUAUGGUUUAUCACAAUUAGAUUUGGUUAAACAUGCUAUAAAGACAAUCAUACAGUCUCUUCAAAGUCAAGAUCGAUUAUCGAUUGUGUCAUUUUCUGAUAAAGCUACUAUCUUGUUUAAAUUAACAAAUAUGAAUGAUGAAGGAAAAACAAAGGCUUUGACUGCCAUCGAAAAAUUAUCGAGCGAUGGUUCAACAAAUUUAUGGGAUGGUCUUCAAACUGGUCUUAAUAUUUUAUCGAAAGAACAACGUUCUAUUGGGAGCAUAUCAGCUUUGUUUCUUCUAACCGAUGGUUGUCCUAAUGUAGAGCCGCCAGGUGGUCAUUUGAAAUCACUAGAAAAACUUAAGCAAAAAACUAAUUUUACAUGUAUUGUCAAUACUUUUGGUUUUGGAUAUAAGUUGAAUAGCAAACUUCUCGAAGAUAUUUCUAUAUUGGGAAAUUCUGGCUCAUAUGCAUUUAUUCCUGAUGGAUCAUUUGUAGGAACAAUCUUUAUCAAUGCUAUUUCAACACUAUUAACUACAGUUGCAACCAAUUUACAGUUGUUGUUUCAUGAAGAGUAUCUUUUACCAACUGAUUAUACACGUUGGUAUUCAACAAAAAGCACGAAUGAAGGUACCUAUUUUGAUUUGGGCUCGAUUACAUUUGGUCAAAGCAAAGAUUUACUGAUUCCACUUGCUCCUAAAUCUAUCAGUAAAUGUAAAUUUACGCUGACUUAUGAUAACCUAAAAAACAUGAAGAAAUCUGUCACCUUCAAUUUGACAAAUAAUGUUCAACAAGCUGAUGUUGAUCUCAUAACUCGACAUAAAUUUCGACUAGAAUUUGUUCAUUGUGUACGAACAGCUUUAGAGACAAUGUAUGAAGCAAAAAUAAAAUCAAGAAAUACGAAAAAGCAACAAAAAGCAGCAAUGGAUCAGAUCCAAGCAUUGGAGAAGAAUAUGGGAAAAUAUGCAAAUGAAAAUGAUGAAUUUAUAAAAGACUUAUUUAUAGAUUUAACAGGACAAGUACGCCAAGCUAUCGAAAAAGAAGACUGGUUCCAUAAAUGGGGCAUACAUUUUUUACCUAGUUUAACACGUGCUCAUCUUCUUCAGUUUUGUAAUAAUUUCAAAGAUCCAGGUGUUCAGCAUUAUGGAAAGGGUACACUUUUCUCAAAAAUACGUGAUGAAAUGGAUGACAUAUUUUGCAGUUUACCAGCUCCAAAACAUUCACAAACAAGUGCUCCGAUAAAUAUGAGGGUCUUUCACAAUGCUGCUGGAGGAUGCCUCUAUGGAGAAUGUACAGUACGUCUAAUGAAUGGAACCACUAAAUUGGUAAAAGAUGUCAAACCAGGUGAUCGAAUGGCACCACAUGGUGGAAUGGUAAUCUUUGUUGUUAAAACAAAAUGUCAAAAUAACAAAGCAAAAAUGGUUAUCCUUGAAAAUGAUUUGAUCAUCACUGCUUGGCAUCCUAUUCGGCUUUGUGGACAAUGGAUUAUGCCUUGUUCACUUGUUUCGUCACCUAAUGAAAUUUCCUGUGAUGCUGUAUACAAUUUCGUAUUGAAUGAAGGUCAUAGUGUAUUAGUCAACGAUGUUGAAUGUGUAACUUUAGGUCAUGGAUUUAAAGAAGAUGUUGUUCGUCAUACUUACUAUGGAAGUCAAAGAGUAAUUAAAGAUUUACAAAGACUUAAUUUAGAACAAAAUAAUGCAGGAUUCAUUGAAAUUACCGAAGAAACAUUGAUGCGUAAUAUAAAAACUGGUCUUGUGAAUGGAUUACGAUCACAACAAAUAUUAGUUCAAUGA